CACCCUUUCAGAAAUGGCGGCGCCGCUGGGAGGUAUGUUCUCCGGACAGCCGCCUGGACAUCCCGGAGACUCCAGGGGCCAGGCUUCGCUUCUUCAGGCAGCGCCAGGCCCUCCGAGAACUUCUAACAGUACGUUGGUGGACGAGUUGGAGUCCUCUUUUGAGGCUUGCUUUGCUUCUCUUGUGAGUCAGGACUAUGUCAAUGGCACAGAUCAGGAGGAAAUUAGAACUGGUGUUGAUCAGUGUAUCCAGAAAUUUCUGGAUAUUGCAAGACAGACGGAAUGUUUUUUCCUACAAAAAAGAUUGCAGUUAUCUGUCCAGAAACCAGAGCAAGUUAUCAAAGAGGAUGUCUCAGAACUAAGGAAUGAAUUGCAGCGGAAGGAUGCUCUGGUCCAGAAGCACUUGACAAAACUGAGGCAUUGGCAGCAGGUGCUGGAGGACAUCAACGCUCAGCACAAAAAGCCAGCCGAAAUCCCUCAGGGCUCCUUGGCCUACCUCGAGCAGGCGUCUGCUAACAUCCCUGCACCCAUGAAGCAAAGCUGAGUCAAAGCGGGCCUGAAGGGGAUCUGGUGUGAGUCAGCCUAGGCACAGUUUUGACAAACAUCACUUCUUGUGGACGUGACAUUUUGGAAGAACUCUUUGCCAAAGAAUGAGAUGAUUUUUGUUUGAUGGUCUCACCUAAAAUGUUCCCCUAGUUUUAUAAACAUCUUUUCUUGAGUACU